CACAGGAAGAUCACACCAUCCCCCACCAUCAUCAGGAUGAAGAACUUAAAGAUAUCAAAGUUGAGGUUAAAGAGGAAGAAGAAGAGAGGUUGGUGAGUGGAGAUCAGCAGUCUAUGGAGGAGGGGGAGAUGAUUACGGAAUGUAAACAGGAGGAAUCUUCUCUACAUAUAGACACAAGAGGACACAAUGUCCGGAAUUCCUCUGAGGAACAUCUCAUUGUAUCUCCAGAUUAUAAAGCAGAAGAUAAUAACAUUGUACAAUAUUCUCCAGGAGGAAAUCCCGUUACUCCAAAUAUACAUCCCAGACCUUCCCAAUUGGGGGGAUUCACUAGGAAAGAUUCACUUGUAGUACACCAAAGGAGACACACGAAUGAGUGCCCUUAUUCAUGUUCGGAAUGUGGAAAAUGUUUUGAUGGUAAAUGUAAACUGGUUGAGCACCAGAGGAUUCACACGGGUGAGCAUCCUUAUUUAUGUUCAGAGUGCGGAAAAACGUUCACUAUGAAGGGAAACCUUGUUAAACACCAGAGAAUUCACACAGGUGAGCGUCCCUUUUCAUGUUCAGAGUGUGGGAAAUCUUUCACUCAUCGAGAAGUCCUUGUUAGACACCAGAGAAUUCACAAGGGUGAGCGUCCUUAUUCAUGUUCAGAGUGCGGAAAGUCAUUCACACAGAAUGGACACUUAGUUAUACACCAGAGAAUUCAUACAGGUGAAUGUCCCUAUUUAUGUUCAGAGUGUGGGAAAUGUUUUACUAGGAAAGGUUUACUUGUAAUACACCAAAGGACACACACGAAUGAGCACCCUUAUUCAUGUUUAGAGUGCGGGAAAUAUUUUGGUCAUAAAUUUCAACUUGUUGAGCACCACAGGAUUCACACAGGUGAGCAUCCCUAUUCAUGUUCAGAGUGUGGGAAAUGUUUCACUAAUCAAGGAGUCCUUGUUAGACACCAGAGAAUUCACAAGGGUGAGCGUCCUUAUUCAUGUUCAGAGUGCGGAAAGUCAUUCACACAGAACGGACACUUAGUUAUACACCAGAGAAUUCACAAGGGUGAGCGUCCUUAUUCAUGUUCAGAGUGCGGAAAGUCAUUCACACAAAACGGACACUUAGUUAUACACCAGAGAAUUCACACAGGUGAGCGUCCUUAUUCAUGUUCAGAGUGCGGAAAAGGUUUUGCUUGUAAAUAUAAACUUGCUGAGCACCAGAGGAUUCACACGGGUGAGCAUCCCUAUUCCUGUUAAGAGUGCAGGAAUACUUUCACUCAUUAACCGCUUAACGACCGCUGUAUGUAUAUGUACCUCCACAGAAUGGCACGUACAGGCAUAU